AUGUAUCGAACGACGGCGAAGCGGUUGUUGGGCGGUGCAAGGUGGUAUUACAAUGCCAACGUUGCCCUCCGAUACCAGCCUCCUCAGAAGUUGAAACUCUCUUCGCGCUUUUUCACAUCACCGAAUCAACCAUUUCCGGAUCCACACUCUAUCAACCGUAGCGUUCCCGUCGUCACCACCACCGAAACCCCUAACCCUUCAGAUUCAGCUUCUUCCUCUUCGUCAACGGAUGACGAUACCGCAAACCCCAAAUCCAACUACGAGGACCAACAAGCUCGCGUGCUUCAGGCCUCGCUCCCUUACGUCAUGAAGUUGGGGUGGACAGAAGCAGCGCUAAUUGCCGGAGCGAGGGAUGUUGGCCUUUCUCCUUCUAUCGUUGGAUCUUUGUCCAGGAAGGAAGCAGCACUGGUCGAGUAUUUCAUGGAUGACUGCUUACAAAGACUUGUGGAUAAAAUUGACUCAGAUGAGAGUUUAAAAAAUUUGACACCAAGUGACUGCAUCUCGAAGCUGAUCAGAUUUCGUUUAGAAAUGCAAGCACCAUAUGUAUCAACAUGGCCUCAAGCUCUUAGCAUCCAGGCACAACCUGCAAAUGUCCCUACAAGUUUUAAGCAGAGGGCAGUGCUUGUGGAUGAGAUCUGGCAUGCUACCGGUGAUAAGGCCUCUGACAUUGAUUGGUAUGCCAAACGCACUAUCCUUGGAGGAAUAUACUCGACAACUGAGAUUUAUAUGCUGACAGAUAGCUCUCCUGAUUUCCGCGAUACAUGGGCUUUCUUGGAUGCUCGAGUGAAAGAUGCCUUUGAUAUAAAGAAAACCAUUCAAGAGGCACAAUCUUUGGCAGAAGCUGUCAGCGUCGGGCUGGGGAACUCCUUUCAAGGAUUUGUUGGGAAAGUUUUCCAGAGAUGA